AUCAACAAGACGUCCAAUAUCUCGUUGUUUCAAAGCUCCAUACACGCGCAAAUACAAAAAAAAAAUACAUACCACGCGCGUUUAUUUCGAGACACGUGUCAAAGUUUCUUCGCAAAAUCGUCAUGACGAUCCGGCCUUUGUUAUUAGCAGCUAUCUUCUUCCUAAGUACAAAAGUUGAUGCGAAGGGAGCCGUCUACUUGACAACUAAAAAUGGAACAUUUCCAAUAUCGCUGACAUCCUUGGAAAACCACGACAGUACUACAGAGCAAGCCACUCCAGCAAUAUUUUCUGUAACAGCUAAAAAUCUAAGUGAAAACGCAAGCACACUAUGGCAUGACAUCCCCGACGAUAUCCUUUUAAACUACUUCAACGCCACAUAUGAUGAGCUCAAUACAAGCGAUACAUGGAAAGUAAACCAAAAACGAAGCAUCAAUGAUGCCGUCUCGAAAAACAUAACCGUGGUCUUAGAAAAUCUGUUGAAGAACUAUGAAAAAUCUCAGUUGCCAACACAUGGGAAAGGAUAUCCAACAGUCGUUCAAACCAACAUUUUGAUACGCAGUAUGGGGCCAGUUUCUGAACUUGAUAUGGAUUAUUCAAUGGAUUGUUACUUUCGCCAAUAUUGGAGGGACACGCGCUUGUCAUUUUUCGGUCCAAUACGAUCACUGUCCUUAUCCAUUAAAAUGCUCGAGAGAAUCUGGCGGCCGGACACCUAUUUCUAUAACGGAAAACAUUCCUACGUCCACACAAUAACUGUUCCAAAUAAGCUAUUGAGAAUAAGUCAACAUGGGGACAUUCUCUAUUCGAUGAGAUUGACGAUUAAGGCCAAGUGUCCAAUGGAGCUGCGUAAUUUCCCGAUGGACCGUCAGUCAUGUCCGCUUAUCCUUGGAAGCUAUGCGUAUUCAAAUCAGCAAUUGGUGUACCAGUGGCAGAACUCCCAAAGCGUCAACUUUGUGCCAGGAAUGACUCUCUCUCAAUUUGACCUCAUAAGUUUUCCUUAUAGAAACUUUACAUUUACAAGACGUGAAGGUGACUUCUCGGUGCUUCAGGUGUCGUUUAAUCUUCAACGGCACACAGGAUAUUUUCUCAUUCAAGUGUACGUGCCCUGCAUACUGAUCGUUGUUCUCUCAUGGGUGUCAUUUUGGAUACAUCGAGAGGCAACUUCUGAUCGAGUCGGUCUAGGCAUUACCACCGUGUUGACUCUGUCAACAAUAAGUUUAGAUUCAAGGACGGAUCUCCCGAAAGUGCGUUACGCAACUGCCCUAGAUUGGUUCUUAUUGAUGAGCUUUUUCUAUUGUAUCGCUACGUUGCUGGAAUUCGCCGGAGUACAUUAUUUCACUAAGGUGGGUUCCGGUGAAAUAGUAAUAGACGAUUCGGAAUGGGAGGAAUUAAUCGAAGAAGUGGGCGGAGACGCUUAUGCGGCUAGGCAGCUCGCUGCGAGGCGGCGGAGCUCGGGCCGCUCUGCUAAUAACUUUAGUUUAUCAUUCCAAGCACAGAGCAAUAGUUCAGAAAGUGAUAUCCCACAACCGCAAGAGGAGCAACCCUCAGUCCGUCUGACGAUGGAGCGGAUGACGCAAACAGAAAACCGGGUACCAAAGUGGCGACAGGUUUUAUACUGCUUGGCGGGUGAUGAUCAGUACAGACGCCAGAGGCAAAGGGAAGCUGGUAAUCGCGGCCACAUAAACAGCGUGUCCCACAUCGACAAGGCGGCUCGAGUCUUAUUUCCUGCAUCGUUCGCCUUGCUCAAUCUAUUCUAUUGGAUGAUCUAUGCUUUCACAGACGACGACUUCGCUUGGAGCGACAAUCCCAUCAAUCGAGUGUGAGCUUUUUCGUCGUAUUAACUACGUAGAAGAGGAAGAUCGUUC